AUGCGUGUGAAGCCCCAGGGCCUGGUGGUUACUUCCAGUGCCGUGUGCAGCUCUCCUGACUACCUCCGGGAGCCCAAGUACUACCCCAGCGGCCCUCCCACCCCCCGGCCCUUGCUUCCCACCCGGCCCCCUGCCAGCCCACCUGACAAGGCCUUCGCCCAUACCUUCUCCGAGAACCCACGCCCACCCCCGCGCCGGGACCCCAGCACCCGGCGCCCACCAGUCCUUCCCAAAGGGGACGACCCGCUGCCCCCGCGUGCGGCCCGUCCUGUCUCACAGGCCCGCUGCCCCCCACCCACCGGAGACAGCAGCAGUUCCCGCUCCCGACGCCGUUGGGACAACGGGCGGGUGAACCUUCGUCCAGUGGUCCAGCUGAUUGACAUCAUGAAGGACCUGACCCGGCUCUCCCAGGACCUGCAGCACAGCGGUGUGCACCUGGACUGUGGUGGUCUCCGGCUCAGCCGCCCACCUGCCCCGCCACCUGGCGACUUACAGUAUAGCUUCUUCUCCUCACCCAGUCUGGCUAACAGCAUCCGUAGCCCUGAGGAACGGGCCACUCCCCACCCCAAGUCUGAACGGCCCAGCCACCCCCUCUAUGAGCCUGAGCCUGAGCCUAGGGACAGUCCCCAGCCUGGUCAAGGCCAUAGCCCUGGAGCCACAGCUGUGGCCACCGGUCUGCCCCCAGAGCCUGAACCAGAUGGCCCGGAUUACUCGGAACUGGCUGAUGCGGACAUUCUUAACGAGCUGGCCUCCCUUACUUGCCCCGAGGCCCAGCUUCUAGAGGCCCAGGCUCUUGAGCCACCAUCGCCUGAGCCAGAGCCUCAGCUCUUGGACCCCCAGCCCCGCUUCCUGGACCCACAGGCUCUAGAGCCGCUUGGGGAAGCUUUGGAGCUUCCACCCCUGCAACCUCUUGCUGAUCCUCUGGGGCUGCCGGGCCUGGGUCUGCAGGCUCUGGAUAGCCUGCCUGACUCCCUGGAGUCACAGCUGCUUGACCCCCAGGCACUUGACUCCUUACCCAAGUUACUUGAUGUCCCCAGCUGCCGUCUGGACCCUCAGCAGCCCUUGGGACCCUGCCCACUGGCCGAACCCUUGCACCUGGACUUGUGUUCACCCCAUGGCCCCCCUGGACCUGAGGGUCAUCCCAAGUACGCCUUGCGGCGCACUGAUAGGCCAAAGAUCCUAUGUCGCCGGCGGAAGGCCGGAAGGGGCCGCAAGGCAGACGCUGGACCUGAGGGCCGCCUGCUGCCCCUGCCUAUGCCCACAGGGCUGGUGGCCACCCUGGCUGAGCCACCACCCCCUCCACCACCUCCUACCCUGCCAGGCCCAGGCCCCAUCCCAGAGCUGGCGCUGGAAUCUUCCCAGCCCCCAGUAGUCACUCCCCGAAAAAACAAGUGCCGGGGCGUACGUCGAAUGGUGGUGAAGAUGGCUAAGAUCCCCGUAUCACUGGGCCGGCGGAACAAGACCACAUACAAAGUGUCCUCCUUAAGCAGCAGCCUGAGUGUGGAGGGCAAGGAGUUGGGCCUGCGCGUGUCCGCAGAGCCCACCCCACUGCUGAAGAUGAAGAACAACGGGCGGAAUGUGGUGGUGGUCUUCCCACCUGGCGAGAUGCCCAUUAUCCUGAAGCGGAAGCGUGGCCGCCCUCCCAAGAACCUGCUGCUGGGUCCCAGCAAACCCAAGGAGCCAGCAGUGGUGACAGCCGAGGCAGCCACUGUGACAACGGCCACCAUGGCCAUGCCAGAGGUGAAGAAACGGCGACGGCGGAAGCAGAAACUAGCUUCUCCUCAGCCAUCCUACGCAGCUGACGCCAACGACAGUAAGGCUGAGUACUCCGAUGUCCUGGCCAAGCUGGCCUUCCUGAAUCGCCAGAGCCAGUGCGCUGGUCGCUGCUCACCGCCCCGCUGUUGGACACCCAGUGAGCCUGAGUCAGUGCACCAGGCACCAGACACCCAGAGCAUCUCCCACUUCCUGCAUCGUGUGCAAGGCUUCCGGCGGCGGGGUGGAAAGGCAGGUGGUUUUGGCGGCCGGGGUGGGGGCCAUGCAGCCAAGGGAGCCCGAUGCUCCUUCAGCGACUUCUUUGAGGGCAUCGGCAAGAAAAAGAAGGUGGUGGCAGUGGCUCCUGCCGGGGUUGGGGGCCCUGGCCUCACUGAGUUGGGACAUCCCCGAAAACGGGGCCGGGGGGAGGUGGAUGCCACUACUGGAAAGCCCAAGCGCAAGAGGCGGUCCCGAAAGAAUGGGACUCUGUUCCCAGAACAGGUGCCCAGUGGCCCUGGCUUUGGGGAGGUGGGCGCUGAGUGGGCUGGGGACAAGGGUGGUGGCUGGGCCCCUCACCAUGGGCACCCAGGCGGACAGGCUGGCCGAAACUGUGGAUUCCAAGGGACUGAGACCCGGGCCUUUGCCUCUGCUGGGUUGGAGAGCGGGGUAUCAGGCCGGGGGAGCUACUACAGCACAGGUGCACCCUCCGGCCAGACAGAACUCAGCCAGGAGCGCCAAAACCUCUUCACCGGCUACUUCCGCUCGCUGCUUGAUUCGGAUGACUCUUCUGACCUCUUGGACUUUGCCCUCUCAGCAUCACGUCCCGAGUCCAGAAAGUCAUCGGGCACCUAUGCAGGGCCCCCCACCAGUACCCUGCCUGCCCAGCGUGGCCUGGCCACCUUCCCCAGUCGGGGAGCCAAGGCCAGCCCAGUGGCAGUGGGUAGCAGUGGGGCUGGGGCCGAUCCCUCCUUUCAGCCGGUCCUGCCCACUCGCCAGACCUUCCCACCAGGACGGGCAGCAAGCUAUGGGAUAACCCCAACUGCUUCAGACUGCCGGGCAGCCGAGACCUUCCCAAAGCUAGUUCCCCCACCAUCAGCUGUGGCCCGUUCACCUACUACCCACCCGCCCACCAACACCUAUCCCCCCCAGUAUGGUGGCUAUGGGGCUGGUCAGAGUGUGUUUGCCUCAGCUAAGCCCUUUACAGGCCAGGACUGUGCUAAUAGCAAGGACUGCAGCUUUGCCUAUGGCAGUGGCAACAGCCUUCCUGCCUCCCCCAGCAGCGCCCACAGCGCCAGCUAUGCCCCACCACCCACUGGUGGCCCCUGUCUGCCACCCAGCAAAGCCUCCUUCUUUAACAGCUCUGAGGGGGCCCCCUUCUCUGGUUCUGCCCCCACUCCUCUGCGCUGUGACAGCCGGGCCAGCACCGUCUCGCCUGGUGGCUACAUGGUGCCUAAGGGCACCACAGCCUCUGCCGCCUCCUCUUCCUCUUCCUCCUUCCAGCCCUCGCCUGAGAACUGUCGUCAGUUUUCGGGGGCUUCUCAGUGGCCUUUCCGGCAGGGCUAUGGAGGCCUGGACUGGGCCUCAGAGGCCUUCAGUCAACUCUACAAUCCCGGUUUCGACUGCCAUGUCAGUGAGCCCAACGUGAUCCUGGACAUCUCCAACUAUACACCGCAGAAGGUGAAGCAGCAGACCACUGUAUCAGAGACCUUCUCGGAGUCGUCCUCUGACAGCACCCAGUUCAAUCAACCAGUCGGCAGCGGUGGCUUCCGGCGUGCCAACAGUGAGGCCUCGAGCAGUGAGGGCCAGUCGAGCCUGUCCAGCCUGGAGAAACUGAUGAUGGACUGGAACGAGGCAUCAUCUGCCCCCGGCUACAACUGGAACCAGAGUGUCCUCUUCCAGAGCAGCUCCAAACCAGGCCGAGGACGGCGGAAGAAAGUAGACCUGUUUGAGGCCUCACACCUGGGCUUCCCAUCAUCCGCCUCAGCCGCUGCCUCAGGCUACCCGUCCAAACGGAGCACUGGACCCCGGCAGCCAAGGGGUGGGCGAGGUGGUGGGGCCUGCUCAGCCAAGAAGGAGCGGGGUGGGGCGGCUGCCAAAGCCAAGUUCAUCCCCAAGCCACAGCCUGUCAACCCACUGUUCCAGGACAGCCCAGAUCUCGGCCUGGACUACUACAGUGGGGACAGUAGCAUGUCACCAUUGCCCUCACAGUCAAGGGCCUUCAGUGUGGGUGAACGAGACCCCUGUGACUUCAUGGGACCUUAUUCCAUGAACCCAUCCACACCUUCUGACGGCACCUUUGGCCAAGGCUUCCACUGCGACUCACCCAGCCUUGGUGCCCCAGAGCUGGAUGGCAAACACUUCCCACCACUGGCCCACCCGCCCACGGUGUUUGAUGCUGGCCUGCAGAAGGCAUACUCACCCACCUGCUCCCCUACACUAGGCUUCAAGGAGGAGCUGCGGCCGCCCCCCACGAAGCUGGCUGCCUGUGAGCCCCUCAAGCAUGGGCUCCAAGGGGCCAGUCUGGGCCAUGCAACUGCAGCCCAGGCCCACCUGAGCUGCCGGGACCUACCACUGGGCCAGCCCCACUACGACUCCCCCAGCUGCAAGGGCACAGCCUACUGGUACCCGCCGGGCUCGGCUGCCCGCAGCCCACCCUAUGAGGGCAAGGCGGGCACAGGGCUGCUGGCUGACUUCCUGGGCAGGACGGAGGCUGCGUGCCUCAGCGCCCCACACCUGGCCAGCCCACCGGCCACGCCCAAGGCCGACAAGGAGCCACUGGAGAUGGUCCGACCACCUGGCCCACACCGUGGCCCCGCUGCAGCCGCUGCUGGCUAUGGCUGCCCACUCCUUAGUGACUUGACCCUGUCCCCUGUGCCAAGGGACUCGCUGCUGCCCCUGCAGGACACUGCCUACAGGUAUCCAGGCUUUAUGCCCCAGGCACAUCCCGGCCUGGGCGGGGGCCCCAAGAGCAGCUUCCUGGGGCCUAUGGCGGAACCUCACCCCGAGGACACAUUCACCGUCACUUCCCUGUAGUGCCAACUGAAGUGCCCACUGGACCAUGAGGUUUUGUUCCUGGCUUUCAGAAAACCAACACCAAGACCCCAUCCAGUGUCCACAUUGUCCUCUGGCAGGAGCGCCUGCCCCUCUGUCUCCCGCCCUGUCCCACCUACAGCCCAAUCUUCCCCCACCCCUGUCCCUCCCUGCCCAUCUCCACGCAGAAGCCCAAGGUGAGCCCUUUCUGCACAAAACCAGCAAUUGUAAAUACUUUUUAAAAAUGUAAAAAACUUAAAAACAAAACAAUUUUAGAAAAA